AUGAUGGAACACGCUGGACUGGGAAAGAGCUACUGGGGUGAAGCAGUGAUGACGGCGAUGUUUCUUCGAAACCGCUGUCCAACACGUGCCAUUCACCAAGACAAGUCUCCAUAUCAAGUGUGGACGAUGAAGAAACCGAUUCUGGCCAACCUUAAAGUGUUUGGAUGCCACGCGUAUGUUCAAGUGCCUCAAGACAAACGCGCGAAGUUCGACUCCAAGUCAUCACUCUGUCGUUUCCUGGGAUACGCCGAACACCAGAAGUCAUAUCGAUUUGAGGAAGUGUCAACAGGAGCGAUCAAGAUCAGUCGCGAUGCCACAUUCAUGGAAGACAAGUUUGAUGAAGGUCCGCGCAACUACAACGAUGAGUCAAGUGUCGUUGAGUUUGAUGAUCAUGAUGAGGACGAAGAAAAAGAAGAAGGUAAAACUGACGACGACAUGGACUCGAGCGACGAUGACAACGAAGACACCAGGUCUUCGAAGAGCAACAUCAAGAGACACACGCGCACUCAAUCACUUGAGAAAGCUACCGUCAUUCCAAGUCCCAAGCGAAGAACAUACAGAGGUCCGUCGCUUGAGCAUGUGUCAGCGGCUGCAAUGGAUUUUGAAGCAGCCUACAUCGUUGAUUCAGUGGGGAAACGCCGACUACAUUCAAGUCGGCGAUGGAAUCAAGCGACUCCGGCAAGUGGAAAGAAGCGUGUGACUCGGAGUUCGAUUCGCUUCAGAGAAACGACACGUGGGAAAUCGUGCCUCUUCCGAAAGGUCGCAAGGCCAUCGGGUGCCGAUGGGUUUUUCGUGUAA